AUGGUCCAAGAUUGGAGAUCUCUGGUCGCACAGAAACGAGCCGAGGUGGCCAAGCAACUGCCCCAGGAAUGGCGACUUCCAACUGAAAUCAUGAGCACAAUCAGUGAAACAGCAAACGUCAGUGUCUUGGACGUUCCGGCAAAGUGUGGAAUUCUCAGUGCCAAAGAGAUUGAUAUCACCGAAAAUCACGAUGCUGUUGACCUGGUUGAGAAGAUGGCGAAGAAGGAACUAACGUCGUCUGAGGUGACACUUGCCUUCUGCAAAAGAGCGGCGAUCGCCCAUCAGUUGACAAACUGUCUCACUGAGAUGUUCUUUGGCCAAGCGCAAGAGAGGGCAAAGUUUUUGGAUGAGUAUCUGGAAAAGGAAGGAAAACCUAUGGGACCCUUGCAUGGAAUGCCCGUGAGCUUGAAGGAUUCUUUCAACGUCAAAGGUGUCUCUUCGACUAUUGGAUAUGUCUCUUUUAUCAACAAGAAACCAGCCGAUUUCAACUCACCACUCGUGGAAAUCUUACUCAAGGCGGGAGCAGUGCUUUACGUUAAGACGAAUAUCCCUCAAACUUUAAUGACGGCAGACUCCGAGAAUAAUGUUUUCGGUCGAACAUUAAAUCCUUGUAACCUGAGCUUAACGGCGGGUGGCAGCAGCGGUGGAGAAGGUGCUCUGGUUGGCAUAAGAGGCUCGAUCUUGGGGGUCGGAACCGAUAUUGCAGGUUCAAUCCGAAUUCCUGCUUUAUGCUGCGGAGCCUAUGGGUUCAAACCAUCGACCGAUCGCAUUCCGCAGGGAGGUCAGGCAAAUCCAUCAAGGGAUGGCUGGGCUGGCAUAAUACCGCUCGCCGGUCCAUUAGCACAGAGCCCACGUGAUCUACGGCUCUUUCUGGAGACAGUGAUCAAGUCAAAACCCUGGGACUUCGACGCCAGUGCUCGUGCCAAGCCCUGGGACUCCGUCUCUACGAAGUCAUCAUUAACCAUUGGUCUGAUAUAUGAAUGCCCUAGUUGGCCAGUGUCACCCCCUGUUCUUCGAUCUAUUCAGACAGCCGCAAAGAAACUAGAAAGCGCCGGCCACAAAGUGAUCCCGAUCGCGAAGUUCCCUUCGUACUCGGAGGUCACAGAGUUAGCAUUUGGGUUUUUCGAUAUCGACAAUGCAGAGACUGGCCAUAAGUUUAUUGUGGACUCUGGAGAGCCAGUGGUAAAAUCGGUGGCCGACAUGUACUCGCCUCCUCCCGGAGGUCGACCCACUCGGACACUGGAUAACUUCCUGGACAUGACGGCUUCUCGCUCUGAGAUACAAGAAACCUGGCAUAAGAUCUUCAUCGAGAACGAUCUGGAUGUGGUGAUCGCCCCAGGAGCACAGAAGACUGCUGUUCCUCAUGAUACUUUCAAGCUUCCCCCUUACACGACAUAUUGGAACCUCCUUGAUUACCCGGCCUGUGUUAUACCAUAUCUUAGAGCCGAUAAAUCGAUCGACGUGGCCCGUGCUGAAUAUCAAGAAGACUAUGACGCUAGUGCUGUCGAUGGCGCGCCUUGCAGUAUCCAAGUGGUAGCUAGACCCGAGCACGAUGAAGAGCUCAUCGCGGCGGUGGAAAUCAUAGCAAGGGGUUUGGGUGUAUAA